CAAGUGCAGAUGAAAAAACCGCACGCAUCAACAACACAUUUUUCCUCUAGCGAUAGUACUGGGGAAAACAAUUAUUAAGAGGAGAAGUGUCCAGUGGUUGCAGUAAAACAAUAUAAAAUGGGUAAAACUAGCAAAGACAAGCGCGAUAUCUACUAUCGCCUAGCGAAGGAAGAAGGUUGGCGGGCGCGCAGCGCAUUCAAGCUCAUUCACAUUGACGAAGUGUUCCAGAUAUUUGACGGUGUAACGCGAGCGGUCGACCUGUGCGCCGCCCCGGGCAGCUGGAGCCAGGUGCUGUCGAAGCGGCUGUACGAAAGCCGCGAUCCGGCGGAGCGGGAUGAGGUGAAGAUCAUCGCCGUGGACCUGCAGACGAUGGGUCCGCUGCCGGGCAUUAUCCAGCUCCAGGGUGACAUUACCAAGCUGAGCACGGCGGAAGCAAUCAUCGAACACUUUGGCGACCAGCAAAAGGCUCAGCUCGUUAUCUGCGACGGUGCACCGGAUGUGACUGGUUUGCACGAUAUCGACGAAUACAUCCAGUCGCAGCUGCUGCUGGCGGCACUGAACAUAACGACACACGUGCUCACGCCGGGCGGUACGUUUGUGGCGAAGAUCUUCCGCGGCAAGGAUACGUCGCUGCUCUACUCGCAGUUGCGGAUAUUUUUCGAGCGAGUCACUAUCGCCAAACCGCCCAGCUCGCGAAACUCCAGCAUUGAGGCGUUCGUGGUGUGUCAGGACUACAGGCCACCGGAGGGCUACGUGCCGCAGCUUAUCAAUCCCAUGCUGGACGACGUUCAGGUGAUAGCGUGCGAAACGAGCGCUCCCGUCAAUCGGUCGAUCGUACCGUUUCUGGUGUGUGGUGAUCUGCGCGAAUUUGAUUCCGACAUGUCGUACAGUUUAAAUAUUGAUCCGGAAAAGGAUUACGAGUAUCGGGACGUGGUGCAGAAGCCACUUGCGCCGGCCUACAGUGAGGUACUGGAGCGGAUGAAAACGACCUCCCUCAAGCAUGGCAGCAUAAAGGUGGAAGCGGAUAAAAAGAAGGAUUAAAUAAAAUCAUUCUUCGAAGUAUUCACUUUUACAACCAUAUCAAACACGGACACUCCACGAAUAUCAAACACGGACACACACGAAAAGUGGGACUUAAAAGAGGGCUUACUAUUGAAAUGCCGGAUGCCGGACUCAUGCCCCACCAGGAGGGUGCUCGUCAGCGACCCGUUCGGCACGAGGCGUAGAGGAGCACAGCGAGCUCGUUGGCUGGAUCAGGUGGAGUCGAACCUGUCGGAGAUAGGAUGCAGCCGUGGUUGGAGGACUGCAGCUCAGGACCGAGUUUCCUGGAAACGGAUUGGCGACCUGGCCAUGUCUACUAGACGUGCUCGUACAUGAGCAGGCCAAGAAGAAGAAGAAGAAGACUAUUAAAAGUUACGUGAAGGUUUCAAAUACAGGAACCAGUUCCAGAUUAAGCACUACGCAAACUAAGGGGCCGCGUGGGGCCCUGAGGUCUCGAGGGGUUCCGAAAAAAGGGAUCCACCCCCCACUCACAAGUAGAUUUGCUUCUCAAUUCUUCACAAGUUUAGAAUUCUUUAUACAUUUUCGCGGUAGACACUUCAGAAAUGCCUAGAUUCGUAUGACUGCUUAGAGUCUCUACUGUUUGUUUAUCUACCUACUCUACUGUAUGUUUGUGUGUUUAUCCGCCACUGACAGGAACCACGAUGAAUAACAAACAUGUGUAAGUGUUUAAGCGGUCUCAUGGUACAGUCG